AUGGUAAAUUAUACUAAUAAUUUAUCCAUGGUGGUGGAUAAGGAGUUAGUUCAUGAAAGUUUAUUAACCCCUGAGUUUGUAUACCAUAACAAUAGUCAAUUUGAAACAAAAAAUAUUCAAUGCUCUGAAAUUCUAGAGCUACCUACAGCAUAUAUAUGGGAUAAUGUUUUAACUGAAGAGGAGUGCUCAGUUCUAAUUGAGAAACUAGAAAGUAGUAAAUCUUAUUCCUUCUGGAAUCCAGCAUCCCAAUCCAAGGAAUUUAGGAAUGUAGAUACUAUUGAGAGUAAUAUGAAUGAUUUUGCAGAAUUCUUAUGGAAGAGAAUUGAACCUAUAUUUAGAUAUAAGAUACUCAAUAUAAAGGAAGAUGAUAACUUUAGUGAAUAUGAUACCAUUGGGGAAUGGGAAGCAUCCACAAUAUAUCCAAAAAUGCUUUUUGGACGUUACAGUGAAGGUGGCCAUUUUGGACCUCAUACAGAUGGUUCUGUAUCACUAGAUAUAAAUACAAGGACAUUUUGGACAAUACUUAUUUAUUUAAAUACAAUUCCAACUGAAGGAGGGGGAGCCACAGUACUUGUUGAUAAAAGACAAAAAUCACUACCAUUUUAUAAAGAUAAACAGGAUAGGGAUAGAUCCUAUCCAGAAUUCAUUCUGUCACGUGUACAACCUAAGUGUGGAAGGGUUCUUACUUUUUCUUUUGCAGAUAUGCAUGAAGGAGAGCCUAUAUCUCCAGGAUUUUAUAAAUAUAUAAUUAGGACAGACGUGAUUUUUAAGCGGAAAGAUCCCAUUUUAACGAGUACCCAUGAUCAAGAAGCUUACAAAUUAUGGUUGGAGGCACAAGAAAUUGCUGAAAAAGGUGACCCGUAUAAAGCUGUGGAGUUAUUUAAAAAAUCAUUUCGUUUAUCUCCUAAAUUGGCAGAACUACUAAAGUGCUAA